CCCCCUGGCCUCAUCCACCCAGCUCUCUUAAAUACCUGCCUAGGUACUGUAUUUAUUUAUUCCAUAUAAAUCUGUUUAUAUAUUCGUUCGUCUACUCUCCCGAGAAUUGAUUGUUUUAUUCCCUCGCUUCUCGCCGAAUAUCCGGAGGCGCUUGUAUCCAUUAGCGUUGUCACUUGCGUAUAUAAGGUACCCUUGGCUGUCUGGUCUAUCGGGUCUGGCUUGAUUCACGACUCGAUCACCAGCAGACUAUUCGAGUAGCUUCAGCGCGUGAUAUAUUUCUAGUUCUAGGUAAUAUAUCUAGGAGAGAGGUUUUGUUCAAAUAUGAGCAACCCUUCUCGCUUUCCAUCGUGGUUUAUUAGUUGCCUAGCAUCCUGAAAUCCUACUACUUUAAUCACAUAUAAAAAUGGCCAAGAUGGGUCACUCUAGGUGCUUCUCCACCUACGACGACGACUUCGAAUUCGACGACGCCUAUUUUAGACAAUUUUACAAGCCGCUGUCGAAUCUGCCCACACCGCCACCGUCCUCUAAAAAUUCGUCCGCUACGCAGAGUCCUCGCAUCACCGCCGAAGAUGUCGAGAGUAUCAGUCAAGAAUUUCUAGGUCCCGCUGCCCACUUGGCGAGAAUGCUACCCCCGGGAGCUUCCUUCAUGACACCGUCUAUCCCAAUUGUGCAAGGCAUAUUGGCACGUGCCGAUUUGCCGAUGGACAUAAUUGCUCUAGCGGUCUGCGUUUUAGACUCGUUGAAUUCUCGGUUUUCUCGAAGUUGGCGGAUCUCUUUCCCUUUAGGCAAACAGCACGAACUAGGACCAAAACGACAUACGCUACCAUCUGGAAUAGUCCAGGCUGUACAUAUCGACAACAUAUUCCCCGAAGUUAUUAUUCUGGCCGCAUUGAUAAUCGCAGACAAGUUUGUAGAGGAUUUGCAGGAGACAACUCAAUACUAUUGCUCUUCAUGGGGUCGAAAUCAAUGGACGUGCGACCAGAUUAAUUUCACCGAGCGUUGCAUCAUGGAGAAUCUAGGUUAUCGUAUCUUGCCCCUGUGGGAGGAGAAGUUGAUUAAGCAAGCAAGGCACGAUAUCGAAAUGGCUCGAAGGGAGUUGCUCGACGCAGAAAAUGAAAUGGGGGACGAGAGCAAGAUGGCCAAGCACGUAAAAUCGAUGAGCUCUGGGCAUGCCGUGAUGGGCCUGGGCCUGCAGCUCACCCCUGUGGAAACAGAAAUGGCUACUCCGUUUAGUCACGUUCAAGAACUCGAUCGGGAAACUCGAGAGGCAUUCAGCAACAGCACGACCUUGACGAGAGAUUAUUUGCAUAUGCCCCCGACGACUGGACCUCAAUGAAUCGAACGUUCGAACGUUACGAGCCG